AAUAAAUAUAUACAAAUGUAUAAUAAAAAAUAUAUAUUCAAACAACCUUGGAAAGACUUUUGCAGAUUUUGCUUUCAAACAGUUAACGACAACAUGGAACCUUAUAUUAUAGUCAGCUGUCCUUACAAUCCUGCACAUCGCAUUCAACAAUACAAACUUAUGUCUCAUAUAGCUAAAUGCAAAAAAAGUGCUAAUACAGCAAACAAGGUAGAAUGUCCAUUGGACAAGAGUCAUAUAGUAGAUCAGAAGCAUCUUAGGGAACAUAUUGCAACAUGUCCAAGUAUUGGAAAUUUGAUAGAUAUGAAUAUUAGAUAUGAGGAAAAAGAAAAAGAUAUAAUUGUGGAUAAACCCAUGUCAUCUGAAAACUGGGACGAGGAACCAGAAGUUCAAUCUUACAAUCCAAUGGAAGUGUCAGCAAGUAAACAAGUAAUGCGGUGCAUACCUGGAUUGUCAAAAUCAGAGAAAAGGAAAUUUAGAGAAAACGAACGAAUGCGUGUAGAAAGCCUUAAGGCGAUUAAUCCUAUAAAUACAACUGAGUUGUCAAUAAAAGAAACGGUACAAGAACUGCCAUUACGUCCUCCACGUGGCACUUCUAAAACAUUAUAUAAUGCAGAAACUACACAAGAGGACUCUGACAAAAAUCAGAUAAAUAAUCUUAAUGCAAGUACUGAAGCUGAACCCAGUCAUAAAUAUAAAAAUUUAUUCUAUAAAUCAUUGUAUGAUGAAUUAGAUCCUGAAUGCAAUAAUACUAACCAGCAAUUGGAGUAUUCUCUACAUAGCACUGAUAUGGCUCGUAGAUACGACACUCGUACUACGAUUUUCUCCCCAGAGGGGAGACUUUAUCAAGUCGAAUAUGCUAUGGAAGCUAUAAGCCACGCCGGUACCUGCUUGGGUAUAUUAGCAAACGAUGGUAUUCUACUGGCAGCGGAGAAACGGAACACCAAUAAGUUGUUGGACGAAGUGUUCUUCUCAGAGAAGAUCUACAAGCUGAACGACGACAUAGUUUGUUCAGUAGCUGGUAUCACUUCUGAUGCGAAUGUGUUGACAAAUGAGUUGCGUCUCAUUGCACAGAGAUAUCUCCUGCAGUAUGGAGAAGCUAUACCCUGCGAACAGCUGGUCUCAUGGUUAUGUGACGUUAAACAAGCAUACACCCAAUAUGGUGGGAAGAGACCCUUUGGUGUGUCCAUUUUAUACAUGGGAUGGGACAAAUAUUAUGGCUAUCAAUUGUAUCAAUCGGAUCCUAGUGGAAAUUAUGGUGGCUGGAAGGCGACAUGUAUCGGGAAUAAUUCAGCAGCAGCAGUAUCGUCCUUGAAACAGGAAUAUAAAGAGGGCGAGACCACUUUGAAAGAUGCAAUGGCACUUGCUAUUAAAGUGCUCUCUAAAACGUUAGAUAUGAACAAACUCUCUGCUGAGAAAGUGGAAAUGGCGAUAUUAACACGCGAAAAUGGUAAAACAAAAACGAAAAUACUGCCAGCAAAUGAAGUGGAUGCCUUAAUCGCAGAGCAUGAUCGGCUAGAAGCAUUGGCGGAACAAGCAAAGAAGGAAAAGCAAAAAUCGUAGAAUUUUAUAUUAGAUAAGUCGAAAGCUAAGCUUAUUGAUUUACACAUACAAUUUAAAUCUUUAUAUUGUAUAUUAUAAAUUAUCUCCUUGCCGCAAUGAGUUAAUUCUUACCAAUGUGCUACAGCAUCAUUAUAAGACAACACGGAUAAAAAUUUUUCCACAAA